UAUUAUUAUAGGACAGGCUAAUGAAUACCUUGCUUAUCAAUAUCAUCCUACACGCUAAACACACACAAAGAAAACUAAGAUGAGUAAUUUUGUAGAGAGAAAGCCGCAUGCUGUGAUGACACCAUUACCAGUUCAAGGCCACAUAAAUCCAAUGCUCAAACUGGCAAAGUUGCUUCACCUUAGAGGCUUUCACAUAACCUUUGUCAACACUGAGUAUAACCACAAACGCUUGCUCAAAUCAAGAGGUCCCAAUGCCCUUGAUGGUCUCCCUGAUUUUUCCUUUGAGGCCAUCCCAGAUGGUCUUCCCCCAACAGAAGGUGAUGGUGAUGUUAGUCAAGACAUACCUUCCCUCUGUGAAUCAGUCAGAAACAAUUUGCUACAUCCCUUUUGUGACCUUCUUGCUAGACUUAACCACUCUGCCACUGCUGGUCUUAUCCCCCCAGUUACCUGCUUAGUUUCUGACUUUAUCCUGACCUUUACUAUUCAAGCUGCUGAGGAGCUUGCACUUCCUAAUGUUUUCCUUUGUCCAACCAGUGCAUCUACUUUCCUGUGUCUUUCCCACUUUCAGACACUGCUUGAUAAAGGCCUCAUACCAAUGAAAGAUGAGAGUUAUCUGACAAAUGGAUAUCUGGACACUAAAGUAGAUUGGCUUCCAGGUAUGCAAAACUUUCGGCUCAAGGACCUGCAUGACUCUAUCAGGACAACAGAUCCAAAUGAUUUAAUGGUACAAUAUACCAUUGAAUUGGCAAAUACAUUUCACAGAGCAUCUGGUAUUGUUUUUAAUACUUUUAAUGAACUAGAGAGAGAUGUAUUGAGUGAUCUUUCCUCCAUGUUCCCUACUAUUUACCCCAUUGGCCCUUUCCCUUCGUUUUUAAAUAAAAGUCCCCAGAACCAGUUGACAUCUUUAGGUUCCAAUCUUUGGAAGGAAGAUACCAUGUGUCUUGAGUGGCUAGAAUCCAAGGAACCCGAGUCUGUUGUAUAUGUGAACUUUGGCAGCAUGACUGUUAUGUCACCAGAGCAACUAUUGGAGUUUUCUUGGGGUUUCGCCAACAGCAAGAUACCCUUUUUGUGGAUCAUUAGGCCAGACCUUGUCACUAGUGGCACUGUGAUUUUGUCACCUGAGUUUGUCAAUGACAUUUCAGAUAGAGGCCUAAUAGCAAGCUGGUGUCCACAAGAGGAGGUGCUGAACCACCCUUCAAUUGGUGGAUUCUUGACUCAUUGUGGAUGGAACUCAACCAUUGAAAGCAUCUGUUCAGGAGUGCCAAUGUUGUGCUGGCCAUUUUUUACUGAUCAGCCAACAAACUGUAGAUACGUUUGCUAUGAAUGGGAUACUGGGAUUGAAAUUGACACCAAUGUGAAGAGAGAGGAGGUAGAGAAGCUGAUCCGUGAAUUGAUGGUGGGAGAGAAUGGAAAGAGGAUGAGGCAAAACACCAUGAAGUUGAAGAAGCAGGCAGAGGAGGACACGAUACCGGGUGGUUUGUCAUACAUGAACUUGGACAAAGUGAUUAAGGAGGUGUUACUUAAACAAUGAUAGUUUGAAGUGCUUUUAUUUUCUGCAAUAAUGCAGUACUGUAAUAAUUUAUUUAUGUUCUCUUGAAUUUGCUCCACCGUAUAGCAAAAUUGAUGCAUUAGUUAGUAAGCGCCUAAGCGGUGCUAGUUAUAUAUAAGAUGUAAGCUAUCAGUAGUUAAAAUUUUCACACAUGAGAAAUUUCAUCUAUGUGUGUUUCUUGUGAAAUUGGACAAAGACUAAAGAGAAAUGGGAAUCUUAC